AUGGAAUUUGAAACUUUUGAGGACAAAUCCAGCGCCAUAAAUGCUGAUACUGGUAUUAACAAACGGCUUGCUGAUAUGAUCUACAAGUGGCGCCUCCCAGGGAUGAAAUUGGCUGUUGGAAAGCCUGAAUAUAAAGCAAUCAUUGAAUCAAAGUUGGGAAUACCCUGCACGCACAAUGCAAUUGUGAUGGAGCUCAAUGAGCAAAUUGUUGCAACGGCACGUGCCUUGUUUGAUUGUGACACUGUUUACAAGAAGCAUUUUGAAUACCUGGCCAAUGCUAGUGUGCGCUUUAAGAAGGUACCUGACAUUAAUUGUGAGCAUUGGGGUGCGCUGAAGCUUGCAACAACUCUGAAGGUGGUAUGUUGCCCUGAAGAAGAAGACGAUUUUCAUGAGGUGCUUUCAGAAGAUGAGCUAUUAAAGUUGAAAGAAGAGGCACCUAAAUAUAAAGAUCUUGUGUCUAUGGUCCACUGCAUGAGAACCUAUGAGAAAAUUUCCUCUGCUCAUCAAGUUAGGGCUGAGAAGAAAACAUUGUUGGGAUUCUUGGUUGAGGAAGCUAAGGCAGCGUGUGAGAAGGGCAAGCUGCACGGAGAAUCAGAGCAAAUUCCUCAAGAGCAUGUGAUGUUUGCUAAUCUCUGCAGGAUGAUUUUACCUAUGAUCUCUGCAUUGAAACCACCUUAUGUGCAUGAGCUUCCUCUGCCAAAGGGUCUCGAGAUCCUGGGACUCUGCUUUUGA